GGAUCGAGUACAAAAACACUCACACCGUGUGGAUCGGGCAGUAAACGUGCUGUGCGCGCACACACUGCCGUAAACAGAUCAAUUUUCGAGCUGUAAAACGCGUCGCGCCAGGGCAGCCAUGCAUGCCUGGCCCCUCGCCUUGCUACCGACGCUCACGGCGGCCCUCGUGCCCUUCGCAUCCAUCGACUGCAUGCGCCCCUGGCUCGCAAGCAGCACGCACAAAGUCGUGGGACACGAAGGUCUCCUGAAGCCAAGACUAGGCACCGACGCCGACCCGAUCACGCUCGGCCUCAUGGAGGCCGACGACGUCGCCUGCGUCUCGUCAUUGAUCGCCGACGCGUUCGGCGGCGGCAUCGAGGUCAUCGAUAACGGCGGCCAGAGCUGGGAGGACAAGGCCUUACGGGGCGUCGCGGCCGCCGCGAAGACGUACGACAGUACGGAGUACGCCCUAGGGUUAAGGGCGCGCUGCGGCGCGCGCCUCAAGAAGCCGACACGCAUAACGGAUCCAAACGACCGCGGCGCGGUGAUGUUAAUCGCGGCGCGGCCGUCUGGAUCAGAAUGCGUCGCCGCCGUCGAAUUAAGACUAAGACGAGCCGACGGCGCGCACCCCACUCCAUUGCCGAUGUUAGAUGCAUUACGAGACGCCUUCUCGGCCAAAUCAUCAGCACCAGAUAGGCCCUACAUCUCGAACGUUUGCGUCGCGGACUCGUGUCGACGGCGCGGCGUCGCGCAGGCCUUGAUGGACGCCGCGGAGCACCUCGCCGGGCCUGCGGGCUGGGGCUACGACUCCGUCUUCCUCCACGUCCACGAGGAGAACCCCGCGGCGCUGGGCCUGUACGAAGCGUUAGCGUACGAAAAGCUGGACGCGCUCGACGAGGCGCCGCUGCGCUACUUCUACAAGCGCCUGAGCGAGCAUGCGCCUUCUGUGUCCGACGUCGUGGCGGCGGCGGGGCGGUAGCACCUCGCGGCGACGUUUGAACCACCGGGAGGGUUCUAGUACUAGUAAGAAUGUGAAAUCACACAAA